AUGCAUAAUAGCUUCACUACUAACACAUCAGAAAAUUUUGAUAAUAAGAGAUCUUUACAAUUAUUUGAUUUUGCCUAUCUUCAAACCUCUUUAAAAAGUAAUGAUCGUGAUGAUGAGUAUGAUACUAUAAAUAUUGUUAACCAUGGUGAUACUUUAGAUGUGGAUGGAAAUAACAAAGAAUUGCUACUUUCAUAUUGUAGUAGUUUGUAUAAGUCAUCGUUCUUAUAUUUUUUUAUUUAUAGAAAUUAUCAAAAAUCUGUUGUCUUUAAAGAUCCAUUUAAAUUAGAAUCUAUUAUCGAUCUUUCUUUUGGUAUUGAAGAAGAUAUUUCUAAUUUAUUGUAUGACUACAAGUUAUCAUUAAUUGAAAAAGUUAAUAAUAUGACGUCAUCAAAUAUAGACAGUACUUUUUUAAAUGAAAGUGAUUUUUUUGAAAAAGCCUGUGCUACUAUAUCGUUAGAUGAUCAUUAUGAAUUUGAAAAAAUUUUAAAAAUUCCAUUAUUUGAAAAUAUUAUUAACACAAAAGAUUCUCAAGGUAGAUCACUUUUAAUACUAUCAUGUAUGGCAGAUAAACCUAAAAUUGCUGGACUUUUACUUAAAAAAGGUUUAUCAAUUGAUGAUAAAGAUUACCUUGGAAGAAAUUCUUUGUAUUGGUCUGUCAAAUGUGAAUCUAUAAAAACAUUAAAAUGGAUGCUAAAUCAAUUGUCAAUGACGGAAGAUUUAAUUUUAUCAAAAGAUAAUAACAAAAUAACAACACUUCAUGUUGCUGCAACAAAAAAAUCUGCAAAAGUAUUACGUCUUCUAUUAAAUGCUUUACCAAAUAAAAAUGAAGAAUUAUUAGAAAAAAUAUAUGACAAUUACAAUAGAAUACCAUUACAUUAUGCAGCAGCUUCUGGAAGUUUAGAGUGUGUAGAAGAAUUUAUGGAUGAAUCUUUAAAUUUACCUGUUAGUCUUCGUGAUAUGUAUGGAAAUACUUCUUUAAUGUUAGCUUGUGGUAAUAAUUGUGCUUCUGAAGUUGUAAGGUAUUUGUCUACUAAAAAAUCAAUUUCUAUAACAUCAAGAAAUUGUGCUGGAAUGUCACCAUUACAUAUAGCAGUUCUUGCUAAUAAUAUUGAUUGUGUUAAAAUAUUAUUACAGGAAUGUAAAAUUUCAACUGAAAUUUAUGAUGAAGAUGCUAGAACACCAUUACAUUAUGCAGCACAAAAUGGUAGAGUUGAAAUUGUUGAAUUAUUACUAGAAGCUGGUGCAAGAUAUAAUGCUGUUGAUGAGUAUCGUGCUACACCAACUCAUUAUGCUGCUGAAAUAAAUUGGGAUAUAGUAAAAUUAUUACUUGAUAAAAGUGGUUUCAAUUAUUGUGGUAUGAUUGAUAAAGAAGGAAGAACACCAUUUAUGUGGGCUGUUGCUUCAGAAAAUACAAAUGUUAUUUCUAAAAUGUUAAAAUAUUGUGAUAUACCACGUCAUGGAAGUGAUUUUCACAAAUAUACGGCACUUCAUAUUGCUGCAUUUACUGGUAAUGUAUCUAUUUGUAAAAUGUUAAUGCAACAAGGAUGGGUUGUUACGGCAGAGGAUAAAGCUGGUGCAACACCAUUACAUAUAGCAGCUGGAAAAGGAUAUACAAAUUUAGUACAAAUAUUUUGUACUUCUGAUGAUAUUAUUAAUAAAGUAGAUACAAAUCUUAGAACAGCUCUUUUUUAUGCAGCAUUAGGUGGACAAGCACAUACAUUAAAUGUUAUGAUAUCAGAUCUUGGUUUUGAUAUAGGAACUGAAGAUAUAUUAGAUAGAACAGUUCUUCAUGCUGCAGCAUAUUGUGGAUUUGUUGCAUGUGUUCAAAAAUUAAUUGAACAUGGAGUUGAUAUUAAUGCAAUUGAUAGAGAUGAAGAAACACCAUUACAUGUGGCUUGUUCUCGUGGUAAAGAAGACGUUGUUCAUCUUUUAGUAUUAUCUGGUGCUAUAAUAAAUCCAUAUUCAAGAAUAAAUGAAACAACACCACUGAGUUAUGCAAUAGCUAAUAAUCAAACAGAAAUUAUUCAAUUUUUAAAAGAUCGUAAUGCAGUAACAGGAGAAGAAAUUAAAAAUAUUGCUGCAUAUAUAAUAACAAGAGCUAUCCGUCAAUUCAUUAUUAAAAAACAAAGAUCUAUAUUUAAGACACAACCUUCAUCUUUAAUGGCAUUUUUUGAAAAUUUUUCUAUUACCGAUAGUCGUAUUUCUUGCCAAAGUAGUUCCAAAGGAAAUUUAUCACAAGUUAUUAAUAGAUCACCAAUUAAUUCACAGAUUGUUAGAACAUCAUUUAGAAGUCAGUUAUCAUCACAAUCUGUAAAUAGAAUUAUUUUUAAUGAUGAAACAUUGAAUGACACUAACAAUGAUUAA